UUUUUUCUUUGUUAUUGUUAUUAUAUUUUUUUUUUUGUGUUUUUGUAAUUUGUAUGUGUGAUUUUGUGUUUACAAAAGAAGAAAAACUGUUUAUCAUUCAGUCACUCCAUUUCAGUCAUCUAAAUUUUUAAUUUAUAAAAACGAGAAAGAAAAAAACAAAAUAAAACAAUAAAAUUAAUUAAAUAUAUUCUUUAAUUAAUAAAAAUAAAAUUAUAAAGUUUUGUCUGAAAUUUUUGAGGUUGGUAGAUUUGACGUAAAAAAAAGAUAGAAAAAAAAAAAAAAAAGUAAAAUUUUCUUUUUGAGUGAAAACAUAAUACAAAAAAAAAAAUACAAUAUGAAGGUCACUGUAACAACAUUGGGUGAUGAUAUUUUUGUUCUUGAUGUUAGUGAAGAGCUUGAAUUAGAAAAUUUUAAAGCAUUUUGUGAAAUUGAAUGUGGCGUCCCGGCGCCAGAAAUUGUUAUUGCAUUUAAUGGAAGACCACUUAUGGAUGAUAAAAAAUCACUCAAGCAUCAUGGAAUUGGUGAUGGUGAUGUUGUUAUUUUACAACAUAUGCAUCAAAGUGGUGCCGAUCUUAAUCCACCACCAUCAGUACCAGGAAAUGGAGCAGUUCCUAUGUUGGACUUUAGUUCAAUAAGAAUACCAGGUGCCUCAGCAAGUACAUCAUCACCAGCUGGAGGUUCAACACCAACUGGAUUACCACCAUCUCAACGAUUUCAAAAUCCACGUAGUGAAGAUGAUCCUGCAAAAAUACGUGAUAUGUUUCUUGCAAAUCCUGAUCAAGUUGCUUUGUUGAAACAAAAUAAUCCAAGACUUGCUGAUGCUCUUCUUUCUGGAAAUCUUGAUACUUUUUCAAAUGUUUUAAAAGAACAAGUUAAAGUACGAGAAGAACGUCAAGCACAACGUUUAAAAAUGAUGAAUGCUGAUCCAUUUGAUACUGAAACACAAAGAUUAAUUGCUGAAGAAAUAAGACAAAAAAAUAUUGAAGCAAAUAUGGAAGCAGCUAUGGAAUAUAAUCCAGAAACAUUUGGAACAGUUGUUAUGUUAUAUAUUAAUUGUAAAGUUAAUGGUUUUCCAGUUAAAGCAUUCAUUGAUUCAGGAGCACAAACAACAAUAAUGUCAGCUGCAUGUGCUGAAAGAUGUCAUAUAAUGCGACUCGUUGAUUCAAGAUGGUCUGGUGUUGCCAAAGGUGUAGGUGUACAAAGAAUCAUUGGAAGAAUUCACAUGGUACAAAUACAAAUUGGAAAUGAUCAUUUAACAACGUCAUUUAGUGUUCUUGAAGAACAACCAAUGGAUAUGUUAUUGGGUUUAGAUAUGUUAAAACGUCAUCAAUGUUGUAUAGAUUUAAGAAAAAAUGUUUUGACUAUUGGAACAACUGGCACUGAAACAACAUUUUUAACUGAAGGUGAAUUGCCAGAAUGUGCAAGACUCAGUGGAAAUAAUGACACAUUGGAUGAUCAAGAUUAUCAAAAAGUUUUAGAAGACAGUGCUAAAGAAGCUAAAAAAUUACGACAACAACAAGAAGGAGCAUCUAGCUCGACUUCUGAUACAUCAAGUAAUCCAGAUACAACAAUAUCUCCAAAUGAUCCAUUUACUGAAUCAAAUGUUAAAGCAAUUGAGACACUUGGUUUUUCACGUAUUGAAGUUAUUGCUGAACUACGUAGAUUUAAUGGUGAUAGUAUGCAAGCAACUGCUGCUCUUUGUGCAAAAUCUUUAAAAUUUUAA